AUGUUUAUCACUGAAGAAAACAAUAGUAAUGUCAAUAUGAGCUCUUAUACGUGGGAGCGUAUAACCUCGUCAGAGAGAAAAAAUUUAAAACUUUGUCGAUUAUGUGGUAAAAAUUCGAUAAAUUAUGUUGAUUCAUUAAACAAUGAAGGCGCUGAAAGAAAAUUAUGCCUCAAAGUUAUUUCAUGUCUUCAAAUAAACAUAUCAGAAGAUGACAUUUUGCCAACAAUAAUUUGCACUGAUUGUUGUGAUAAGUUGGAAAAUUUUUACAAAUUUUUUAAACAAGCUGCUGAAGUACAAACAUAUCUUGAUAGUAUUUAUCAACCGACUGAAAAAGAGAUUCCAAUUGAAGACCAAAGAGUUAUUGUAAUAAAAUACAAUCCUGUUGAUUUUUAUCCAGAUCAACAAGAAGCUGAAGUUGUUAUUAAUUUAAAUUUAGAGGAAGGAGUUGAGCUAGAAAAUUUAACCCCAGAGCAGCUCAAUAAAAUAAUUCAAGAACAAUUGAAUAAUGUAAAUCAAGGCCAAAUAAACAAUAAUUUUAACCAACAUCUUGUUGUUGACAAUGUUGAUGUCAACCCAGAACAAUUAGUUAACACUGUAAUUGAAGAACAAAACAUAAGUACCUCAAUUGUCGAACAAGUGAUAAGUAACUCUAAUGAAGAAGACAUAAUCAAUAAUUUAAACUCCGAAGAAAUAAUAAUAAAUGCGAAUUCAGAAGAAGAAAUAAAUAAUUUGCGUAAGGAGUAUGAAAAAAUAAUCAACGAAGUAAGUAGUGAAUUUAAUGAUCCAGUUGAUGUAAGUGCGCAGGAGAAUGAAGUCAAUAAUGGUAAUGACCGAGAAAUAGAACAAGAAACGGAGCUAGAAGAACAAAAUCGAGGAGAUGAAGAUAACAAAGAAGAUAAUGAAGAAGACGAAGUUGUUAAACUAGAGAGAGAAGAAAUAAUUAAAAAAUUAAAAAAGACCAAAGUUGUGACAAGUCGGUUGACGAUAACAGAAGCUAUUCAAGGCUAUCCAUGGAAGUGUACUAUUUGCAAUCAUGGAAUCAUGAAAUCUUACAAAGAAUUGCAGUAUCAUUACAAACACAAGCACAAUGAACCGCCUAUUUAUAAAUGUAUGCACUGCGAAAGGGAGUACAGUCUCUAUAGGAGUUUUACUAAACACUUUUUACUCCAUGAAGAUCCUAAAAGAUUCGAAUGUGACGACUGCGGUAAAGUAUUUAAUCUUAAGUCAUCUCUGCUAUCGCACUCUCUAGUGCAUUCUGACAAACGCCCUUACUUCUGUACCAUAUGUCGUAAAAGGUUUAAAAGUUCCUUGACUCUAGCAGUCCAUAAAAGACUUCAUCUUCCUCUGGAUGGACAAUUUUUGUGUGAAAUUUGUAGGAAAGAUUUUUCGUCUAAAAAAGCGCUGGAAAAUCACGAAAAAAUGCACGACGGAGUAUAUGACUUCAUGUGUGACGUUUGUGGGAAAUCUUUUGUGUCCAAAAAUUCUCUGAGUUAUCACAUGGCCAGCCAUACGGAGGAUAUAAAUUAUCAUUGUCCCACCUGUGGUCGCAGUUUUAGAACAGAAUGUCUUUUAAAGAGACAUUUAGUAACACAUUCGGAAGUUAAGAAACACCGAUGUGAUACCUGUGGAAAACAAUUUAAAGAACGUUGCACUCUCGUUGCACAUACGCGAAUUCAUACCGGAGAAAUGCCGUAUGAAUGCGAAGUCUGCGGUAAAAAAUUCCGUUUCGCUGGAAUUUUAACGGUUCAUCGAAGGCAACACACAGGCGAACGCCCUUAUAUUUGUUCAUUUUGCGAUCGCACAUUCACCAACUGGGCAAACUUGAAUAAACAUAUGAAGCGACUGCACAAUACAAAGGCCGGCGUACAGAGAAAAUAA